AAAAUCAAUAGAUCAAUCAGAAAAUUGCCUUUGGGGACGGUCUUGUGAACUUUUGUAAUGUAAAUAAAUGAAAUAAUUGUGUAAAUACGUGUUAAUUAGUUAAAAACUGAAGUGAAAAGUGUUGUGUUAUUUUUUUUAACCAUGUUAGGACAACGACCGCGCUUCAUAAAGCCAGGUGAAGAGACACUGUACCCAACAAGAAACAGGGAUGGUGCAAUAGAAACGCUAGUGAAUCCAAACGUAGACUCCGCAUUAUCCGUAGACAGUGACUCAACAACUUCGUUCGUCUACAAUCGUUACCACCACUUACCGUUAGACUCACAACGACAGAAGCUACCGGUGUUUCAGUACCGUAACCACAUAUUGUAUUUGUUGGAAAAGUACCAAACGUUAGUGCUGAUCGGUGAAACUGGAUGCGGAAAGUCUACACAAGUUCCUCAGUACCUCCACGAGAUUGGCCACAAAGUAUGCGUGACACAACCACGUGUGGCCGCCGCCGUGUCGUUGGCUGUGCGAGUGGCGGAGGAGCGGGGAGUCAUACUGGGGGAACAGGUCGGGUACGCUGCCGCCAACACCAGCUGCCGAGGGGUCAACACUGAUAUUGUUUUUAUGACUGAAGGUGUGCUUCUAAGAGAAAUGUUUGCAUCGCCGCUUCUCAUGCAAUACUCCUGCAUAGUACUUGACGAGGUCCACGAACGAACUCAAAUGACAGAUGUACUGAUGGGUCUACUGAAGAAAAUUAUCAAGAAACGCAAAAACCUAAAACUAGUAGUCUCCUCAGCGACUAUGGAUGCGGAAUUCCUGCGAGACUUCUUCAACACGCGAGAUAGGACGCAGAAAGAUAAACCUAGUACAUCUACCAUCAUGUCUAUGCAGGGUCGCACACAUCCUAUCGAGGUGUUCUAUACGCAAGAGCCAGUACCGGACUACGUGAAGGCCACAGUGGACACAGUUAUCCGGAUCCACGAGAACCAACCGUUCGGGGAUAUUCUAGCCUUCUUGACGUCACAGGAGGAAAUCCUAACAGCCCUAGAAACCCUCCGCACAUACGCCGACCACAACAACGACACGAACAAGCAUCGAAGUCACUUCCCCAGCGGUAUAAAGGCGGCCAACAUGCUGGUAGUACCGAUGUACGGCAGUCUACCGCAUUAUAAACAAGUCAAGGUGUUCCAGAGGAUCGACAGCAAUGUUAGGAAGGUUGUCAUAGCAACCAAUGUCGCUGAGACCAGUGUUACCAUACCCGGCGUUGUUUAUGUAAUAGACUGCGGUUUCCACAAGCUGCCGUACUUCGACCCGGCGGUGGGCGUGGAGAGCCUCACCGUGACCACGGUGUCGCGGCACAAUGCCGUACAGAGGGCGGGCAGGGCUGGACGGACUGCGAGGGGAUACUGCUAUAGACUAUACACAGAAGCUGAAUACGAGAAGUUACCUCCGUCCGUGCCUCCUGAAAUGUGCCGGAGUGAUCUUUCAGGGGUGUUGUUACAGCUGAAGGCUUUGGGCAUAGAUAACUUGUUGAGGUUUACAUUCCCCACCCCUCCCCCGGCCCGCAGCGUGCUAUGUGCACUAGAGUCGCUGUACGCGCUGCAGACUGUAGACAGGGGGGGACGGAUGACGUCACUCGGGGAGAUGGUCGCUGAGCUACCUUUGAAGCCCAUGUGUGCUGCCAUGCUGUGUCGGAGUGGUGAGUGGGGUUGCGUCGACGAGACACUAUCCAUAGCGGCCAUGUUGCAGGUGGACAACGUGUUCCUGAAGCCCAGCGGGGGUAAACAGAGCAUAGAAGCUAAACUCAGCCGGAGGAAUAACUUCGAGGUAGCUGAAGGCGACAUAAUAAUGUACCUGAACAUAAUGGAAGCCUAUUUAAAGCUGAAGUCUUCAAGCGACGACAAGAAGAACGCGCGAGCUUGCAAGCAGUGGUGCGACAAAUAUUAUAUCAAUUAUAAGGUUAUGGAAAAGGCUUGUGAUGUUCGACAAAACUUAGACAAAUUAAUUAGAGGAAAGUUUAAAAUUGAAGAGAAACAGUUUGAAGGACUCGACUUUGGCACAGGUAAAACGGAGCGCAUUCUGAAGUGUAUAGUGUCGGGCUACUUCCCGCAGGCCGCGUACCUGUCCCCCGACUGUACGUACCGCGGGGUAAGGGGGGCCACUCUCGCCAUGAGCCCCGACUCCUGUCUGUUUAGGGUGCAGCAGCCUAAGUGGGUGAUAUUCGCGAGUGUGUCGAGUUGUAGCGGCGCGACGUACAUGCGCGACGUGACCACCGUGCAGCAGGCCUGGCUACUGGACCUGGCGCCGCACUACUACCGGCAGACCUGAGGCUGGAAUAUAUACGACGUUCACCUA